AUGGGGAAGGUUCAUCUUCACAUACAAUUCACCAUGUUAACACAAAGGGUACAUGAGGAAGGUGAAACAUAUGAUGUUACACAUACUAUGUUAAAUGAGAUGCGUGGAAUAAAUACAAAUGAAGAAAUAGAGGAUGGUGUCACCGGUGAGUGUACAGAGGGUGGGAGUACCGUCGGCGAUAAAUUUGAUCGAUUGAUGGAAGAUGCAAAGAAGGAGUUGUAUCCAGGAUGCGUGAAGUUUACCAGACUGUCCUUCAUUCUUCGUAUAUAUCACAUAAAAUGCCUUUGCAAAAUGACCGACAAAGCAUUCACAAUGCUGUUAGAGUUGUUGCAAGAGGCACUUCCCGAGCCGAAUACUUUACCAAAAAAUAUGUACGAAACAAAGAAGAUCAUCAAGGACUUGGGGCUUAAUUACAACAAGAUUGAUGCGUGCCCAAAUGAUUGUAUGUUGUAUUGGAAGGGACAAGAGAAAGCCACGACUUGCUCCAAAUGUGGUACUUCAAGAUAUACAUCAGUAGAUAAGAAAAUCCCCGCUAAGACAUUACGCCAUUUUCCAUUGAUCCCAAGGUUGCAAAGGUUAUACAUGUCGUCUAAAACCUCAUUUAACAUGAGGUGGCACUACGAGGGUCGUACAAACGAUCAAAGGUUACGACACCCAGCUGAUGGGCAAGCGUGGAAAGAGUUUGAUAAGUUGCAUCCUACUUUUAGUGAGGAGCCUCGUAAUAUCAGACUUGGAUUAGCUAGUGAUGGAUUCAACCCGUUCAAGUCAAUGAGUGUAAAGUAUAGCAUAUGGCCUGUUGUUGUGAUGCCUUACAAUUUGCCACCAUGGAUGUGCAUGAAGCCAGAGUAUCUCAGGCUUACUUUGCUUAUUCCUGGACCACGACAACCUGGCAAUGAUAUAGAUAUAUAUUUACAGCCAUUGAUAGAAGAGUUGAAAGAAUUAUGGAACACUGGGGUUGUAACUUACGAUGCAUAUAAGAAGGAGAAGUUUAAGCUAAAUGCAUGUUUGUUAUGGACCAUUAAUGAUUUCCCGGCUUAUGCGGUAUUAUCGGGUUGGAGUACUAAAGGUGUUUUCGCUUGUCCAUGCUGCAACAAGAAUACUACUUCUCGUUGGCUUAAAUAUGGGAGGAAACACUGUUAUUUAGGUCAUCGUCGAUUCCUUCCCCAAGGACAUAGAUUUCGACGUGAUAAAAAGAGCUUUGAUGGCUAUGAGGAACAUGAACUACAACCAAAGCCACUAUCGGGUUACGAUAUUUUGGAGGAGCUGGAAGGUGUUCAGUUUCCUUUAUUUGGGAAAGAUAUUAUUGACAAGCAUGGGAAGAAGAAGAAGAGGCGAAGGAAGUUAAAACAGCCAAAGCUUCCAUUUAAUUGGAAGAAGAAGAGUAUAUUCUUUGAAUUGCCAUACUGGAGAUCUAAUCUAAUCCGUCACAAUUUAGACGUGAUGCAUAUUGAGAAGAACGUAUGUGAUAGUAUCAUUGGCACAUUGUUGGAUCUUAAAAAAAAGACAAAGGAUAACGUGAAGGCACGUUUAGAUCUGAGAGAGAUCGAAAUACGAUCAGUUCUUCACCAAAAGUUUAUUGAAGGGAAGGAUAAAAUAUUCAUACCUCCAAAGAUGCUACACAAUGUCUACAUACGACAAAGAUUUGUUUUGUUCCGCUUUUAA